AAUUAAACAAACCGGUAGGCUUAAAAAUGCUUUAUAUUUUCUUCCAUGAUUUUCUUAUUUUUAUAAUUUUCCCUGAAUAAACUCAAAAUAAAUUGUUACGGCAAAAAGCAUGUUUUACAAGUUACAACAUAUAAAUUAUGGUUUACAUAUAAAUACAACUGAUAUUUUCAUAAUUGUGGUCUAAGAAAAUCCCAAUAAUGCCUGUUUCUGGUAUUUUAUAUUACGCCUCGUUGCUCGUGUGCAUAUCGCUUGGUAGUUUUUACAAGAAGAUAACAGACAUUGAGAUGAAACGCAACUAUGGAACCGGCCUUGGAUUGUUAUUGGUUUGUCUUAUAUGUGGAACUCAUGUGUUCCACUCGAUUAUGAUGGUUUGGGGAAACAUCAUCAUCAUUAAAUGCUGUGAUAGACGCUACAUGAACCAAAUCAGCUUGGUAUUUACAUGGAUGUAUCUGUGGUAUAUGCAUUUAAACGUAACGAACAUUUACGUGAUAUGGUUGCACCAAACCCUAGCUUUGAAACUGGUUGGACUGGCGUUCGAAAUGUGCGCGGUUCAAGUAACGAGCGACGGAAAGGCUGUCGGCGUUUCCAAAAAUACUGACUCCAUUACGCCGGAACCAACUGCUAUGGAUAUUAUGUCGUACGCUUAUUUCUUCAUUGGCCUUCAUAGAGGUCCAUAUUACAGAUGGAAAAUAUUUGACGACCAUUUCAACGCACCCUUUGGUGAACUGGGUGAUUGCCAAAUUAUCACCGAACAGAAAUUAAAAAAGGCAUUAAUAUGUGCACUCGGAUGUUGGAUUUUAACUGUGAAAUAUUCGCAAGACUUGUACUUUAACGACGUUUUCUACAAGGUAUACAGUGGGGAAGUACGUUACUUGUACAACGUGCCACACCUCACGAUGUACUUCCUCCACCACCAGGCAGUCAUGAUGCUGUGCACCAGUGUGUUCACGGAGACAGGCUUUGGGGUGUACCCGGCGAAAUGUCAUCCUAUUCCGGGUUUCGGACCUUCUACUAGACUGAGUUUGCUCGCGGUGGCAUCCGGUUCAACGGAUGUGGCGUUAGAGGAGGAAUACAAUUUCUCCAUGAUAAAAUGUUUUGACAAUGAAGCGGUGGUGAUGGGGCCCAAAAUGAGAGACACCAUGCGCGGCUGGGACAUGCCAACUCGCUACUGGUUCUGGGCGUAUGCGCAGAAAGCCUCUUUGAAGUCUAAUAAGGAAGUGAGAAGUGCAUUUUCUCUGCUGGCGUGGACGAUAUGGGUGGGUCCUACGUUGCCUCGUUUUAUUAUUGGUUGCACGCUGUGGGUCUACGUGCAUCUCGAGGCCGAAUACGCCGCUCUGUAUGAUACGUCUGGUUCAAUGAAGCUGCCAUGGGACAUAGGGUUUUCAAUAAUGCGGCUGUUCUGUCUUCUAUACCUGACCCCCUGUUUCGUGAUUAAGAACACGUCUGUCGUGUUGAGGUACUACAAUUCGAUAUUCUGGGUGUUCCAUAUAAUUCUGUUCAUUUUGAUGCUUUCUUCUAUUUACCUUUACAAAUCUAGAGUUCAAAUACAAAAUUAGAAAGUUAAUAUUAUUUAUUUUCUUCAAAUUUUUGUGGCAUGAAUAAAUUUUUUGUGUUAUC